AUGGGUGUUUUCGCGCCGCAACCAGCUCAUCGAGGGCGUCGUCAGUCAAGAAAGUCUACCGGCGUUGCCAGAGACGAUUCAGACGAUGAGCUUGGCAUAGAUGAUCUUCCGUGGGAAUGGAUCCUUAAGUCCAAUGACGCGGAUGCCUCACAGGACCAUGGCGACGAUGCGCAAAUCUCUCGAAAGCGAAGGAGAGCCAACCCUGAGACGCAGAUUGUGGGGGCCCGAAUGGGUCAAUUUGAGUGCCACGUUGGCGACUGUGUUCUUCUGAAGGCGGAAGGGUCCAACGAAGCCUGGGUCGCCAUAGUCUGCGAGUUCUUAGAGGAGGAAGAUGGUGAGAAGGCAGCCAACUUCAUGUGGUUUUCGACAGAGAAAGAAAUCCGCAACAAGGAGAGGAAACGCUCGGAUUUUCUGCCUAAUGAACUAUACAUCUCACCUUCGUGGGAUGUAAAUCCGUUGGCCGCUGUCAACGGCACAGCCGUUGUGAUUUCUCACCAAGCCUUCCAUCAAAGGUAUCCGUCGGGUAAAAUACCUCGAUCCUCACCCGAUUUUGGUAAGACCUUCAUCUGCCGUCGCGCAUGCAACACAAGAACAGCAACCUACACAGAUGAGUUUGUUUGGGAAGAAGUAUAUCAUGCGAGUGAGCAGGGCGUUUCUGAACUGAUCGGGUUCGUCAAAUCACAAACAAAGUCGACGCGACAUGGCCAGGCAGCGAGGCAAUCAACGCCGGAGCAGUCGUACAAGAUGACAUCAGAUCGUAUGGGGGGUGCGUCUACACCGAAACGAACCCCGAGGGCCGAACAUUCAACGCCCAAAGGAGAUGCCCGAAUAACGACGACACCCGGGUCUCGCAAACGGUAUGUGCCUGCUUCAUAUCUGACUCACUCGCUGUGUUCAUGCAGGGUAAUGGUGAAGAAAACGCUUGAAUUCACGCCUUUAGGUACGAGGAAACUGUCACCAAAGCGUUUGCAGUCUUCGCCCUUCCAGCUGGCUCGUUCCCAACUUCACGUUGCCUCAGUACCGAGAAGCUUGCCUUGCCGAGAGAGCGAGUUCAACCUGGUGUAUUCACACCUAGAGGCAGCCAUUGCGGAUGGUUCAGGAAGCUGUAUCUACAUCGCCGGCACUCCGGGGACGGGGAAGACAGCCACUGUCCGAGAAGUCAUAUCUCGCCUCGAGGAUAGCGUGAAGGCUGAUGAACUUGACGAUUUCAUCUUCGUGGAGAUCAAUGGCAUGAAGAUUACCGACCCCCACCAGUCCUACACCCUCCUAUGGGAGGCACUCAAGGGUGAGAGGGUCAGUCCUACACAAGCCAUCGACCUCUUAGAGAGAGAGUUCAACAAUCCAAGUCCUCGCCGGACGCCGUGCGUUGUCCUGAUGGAUGAGCUUGACCAGCUGGUGACGAAGAACCAGAGCGUCAUGUACAACUUUUUCAACUGGCCUGGACUUCGACAUAGCAGGCUCAUUGUCCUAGCCGUCGCAAAUACCAUGGACCUUCCGGAAAGAACUCUGAGCAACAAAAUCAGCAGUCGCAUAGGAUUGACAAGAAUUACCUUCCCAGGUUACAACCAUGAGCAGCUCAUGAAGAUUAUUCAGUCUAGGCUGGAGUGUGUACCCGGAAGCAUCGUCGAGGCAGACGCUAUACAGUUCGCUAGCCGGAAAGUGGCUGCAGUAAGCGGCGAUGCAAGAAGAGCCCUGGACAUCUGCAGACGAGCUGUAGAGCUCGCCGAAGGUGACAGCCGUGUCGAGACACAUGCAGGUGACUCCGACGCACGACGAUCAACCCCGAGCAAAGGCAAAGCAGCAGAUGCACCAGUCAAAGUUACCAUCGCCACGAUUAAACGUGCCAUCAACGAGGCCACGACCAAUCCUGUGCAACAAUACCUUCGAUCUCUGCCUUUUGGACCCAAGCUACUCCUGAGCUCAUUAUUAGUCAGAAUACAAAGAAACGGCACUGGCGAGACGACGUUUGGCGACGUAGUGGACGAACUACACCGCAUUAUUAAGCUGGACACGGCGACUCUUGAAUCCACUGUUCUCUCGGCUCUGUCGACGGGGCCAUCAGGAGGUGAUAUCGGUCAAGGCAAUGAUAGUAUCCGGAUAGUCCAGUCUCUGGCGCUUCCCCAGGCGGCGCUUGAACUAAUGGGUGCUGGCAUUAUUGUACUAGAAGCGCACAAACCGGAACGACCAAGCAAGGUGCGUCUUGCUGUGGGUGACGAGGAGGUCAAGAUGGCGUUUCGAGACGAUGGAGAAGUAAAGGCCUUGGGUUUGUUUUUCUAG